CACGACCGUCCAUUUUCACAAUCAACCAUCUAUCUUGCCGGCGUCAAAACUGCCGGAAAACCAAAUUCAAAAACAAGUCAAAAUAAUUAGAUUUUUUCCCUUUCUCUGUUCAUGGAUUCACACUGAUUACAGUACUCUUUCCUAACUUUCACACACCCAUCCCUAGGCACUAUAUAAUCAUUCAAUCAUAUGUAUAUGCAUACUUAUAUCUACUACAGAAUUUGAGGAAGGAGAUAUCCUCGUUGUGAUCUCAGAGUAGUAGAUCUGGAGUUUUAAAUGGUGAAUUUUGUGGAGGUUUGAAGUUUGCUGUUUGGCAAUUAGCGCCAGUUCGUAAUUUACUGGAAUGAGAUUUUGAGAUCGAAAUCGAAGUUAGAAGUGACACGUAAGUGAGAGAGGAAGAUGGGCGAAGGACAGCGGUUUCAGCUGGGAACAGUUGGAGCGUUGAGUUUAUCUGUGAUUUCCUCGGUUUCGAUUGUGAUUUGCAACAAGGCACUAAUAAGCACUCUUGGUUUCACUUUUGCUACAACUUUGACAAGCUGGCAUCUUUUAGUCACAUUUUGUUCACUCCAUGUGGCAUUAUGGUUGAAAUUUUUUGAGCACAAGCCUUUCGAUUCAAGAGCUGUGAUGGGAUUUGGUAUAUUGAAUGGAAUCUCCAUUGGCCUUCUAAACCUCAGUCUGGGUUUCAAUUCUGUUGGUUUUUACCAGAUGACAAAACUAGCAAUUAUCCCCUGCACUGUACUUUUGGAGACUCUUUUCUUCAGCAAGCAAUUCAGUAAAAAAGUCAGGUUUUCGCUUACAAUAUUACUCUUAGGAGUUGGAAUUGCAACAGUAACUGACCUACAACUCAAUCUCCUGGGCAGCAUAUUAUCCCUACUUGCCAUUAUAACAACUUGUGUGGCUCAAAUUAUGACAAAUACAAUCCAGAAAAAGUUCAAGGUCUCUUCAACUCAACUCCUAUACCAAUCUUGCCCCUACCAAGCUCUUAUCCUGUUCAUCAUCGGUCCAUUUCUAGACGCCCUUUUGACCAAUCAAAACGUUUUCGCUUUCAAAUACACAAAUCAAGUUCUGGCAUUCAUUAUUCUGUCCUGCCUCAUAUCGGUGUCUGUCAACUUCAGUACUUUUCUGGUGAUCGGAAAAACAUCUCCGGUGACUUAUCAGGUGUUAGGUCACCUGAAAACAUGUCUAGUUUUGGCAUUUGGAUAUUUUCUGUUACACGAUCCUUUUAGUUGGAGAAACAUUUUGGGAAUCCUAAUUGCUGUUGUGGGUAUGGUGCUUUAUUCUUACUUCUGUACUCGUGAUACACAGCCAAAACCCAUUGAACCAUCAACACAGUUUUCUGAGAAAAACGAAGGUGAAAAUGAUCCAUUAAUAAGUGUGGAAAAUGGAGGAAGUGUGACAAAUGAGGGAAGUCCUCCAAAACCACCAGUGUGGAACUCAGACAAGGAUCUACACGCGUGAUUAUUCAGGUAUAAAUACUUUCUAUUAAAAAAUAACACGUGUGUUUUAAAAGAGAACUGGAUUCGGGGGUUUCUAGAAAAGAUUGUAAGAUCCAAUUCGUUUUCCUUUUUUUAUAAGUCGAAUCCUAUUUUCCUGAUGUAAACUGAUGGGGGAGAACGGGAAAAAAGAACCAAAUGAUAUACACAUCAAAGGUGACAUGAGUAUUGUAUUAUUUUAUCA